UCCGUUCUAGCUUGACGUCUAUGCUUUUAGCUAAUCACAACAGUAGCAUUUGUCGCCCUUUCCUGUCUUUUAUGACAUAUAUUAGUGCUUUAUUCGUUUUCUGAUCCACUGGUGGCCGUCCUUUGGGUGGAAUUACCUCCAGGAUGAUUCCCACCGAGGAUGCGUCCGCCAGGAAGCGGGAGAUAGAGGAGAAACUGAAGCAGGAGCAAGAGACGCUGUCAUUCAUCAGAGAGAACCUGGAGAAGAGUGAUCAGCUGACCAAGGGCAUGGUGUCCAUCCUGUCUUCGUUUGAGAGUCGUCUGAUGCAGCUGGAGAACUCCAUCAUCCCGGUCCACAAACAGACAGAGAAUCUGCAGCGCCUGCAGGAGAACGUGGACAAGACCCUGUCCUGCAUGGACCACGUCAUCAGUUAUUACCAUGUGGCUAAAGACACAGAUAGGAUCAUCAGAGAGGGGCCGACUGGAAGGCUGGAUGAGUAUCUCGCUUGCAUUGCAAAGAUUCAGAAAGCUGUGGAAUACUUUCAAGAUAACAACCCUGACAGUCCUGAGCUCAACACAGUGAAAGCACGCUUUGAGAAAGGUAAAGAGCUGCUGGAGGCGGAGUUCCGCAGCCUCCUCACCCGCUACAGUAAACCCGUUCCCCCGAUCCUCAUCCUGGAUGCCAUCAGUGUGGACGAGGAGCUGGAGGUCCAGGAAGAUGUGGUUCUUGAACACCUGCCUGAAGCCGUUCUCCAGGACAUCAUCUGUAUCGCCGGCUGGCUGGUGGAGUACGGACGCAACCAGGAUUUCAUGACCGUUUACUUCCAGAUUAGGUCAAAUCAGCUCGAUCGCUCCAUUAAAGGUCUGAAGGACCACUUCCGUAAGAACAGCGCCUCCUCUGGGAUCCUCUACUCGCCUGCCGUCCAAACCAAACGCAAGGACACACCCACCAAAAAGGCUCCAAAGAGACCAGUCUACAUCCCAGGGACGAUUCGAAAGGCUCAGAACCUUCUGAAACAGUACUCACAGCAUGGGCUGGAUGGGAAAAAGGGGGGCUCUAACCUCACUCCUUUGGAAGGGAAGGACGACGUUCUGGACAUCGAGAUCGACUCGUACAUCCACUGUAUCAGUGCCUUUGUAAAGCUGGCUCAGAGCGAGUAUGCCCUGCUGGCUGAAAUCAUCCCAGAGCACCACCAGAAGAAGACCUUCGACUCCCUCAUUCAGGAAGCGUUGGACAACCUGAUGCUGGAGGGAGACAACAUCGUGUCUGCGGCUCGCAGAGCCAUAAUGAGACACGACUACUCAGCCGUCCUCACCAUCUUCCCCAUCCUCAGACACCUGAAGAUGAACAAGUCUGACUUUGACGCCACGCUGCAGGGAACAGCAGCGAGCACCAAGAACAAGCUGCCAACUCUCAUCACCUCCAUGGAGACGAUUGGAGCCAAAGCUCUGGAGGAGUUUGCAGACAGCAUCAAGAACGACCCUGAUAAAGAGUACAACAUGCCAAAGGAUGGAACCGUCCACGAGCUGACCAGUAAUGCGAUCCUGUUCCUGCAGCAGCUGCUGGACUUCCACGAGACGGCCGGAGCCAUGCUGGCCUCACAAGAGACGAGUUCAUCAGCGAGCAGCUACACCUCCGAGUUCAACAAGAGGCUCCUCAGCACUUAUAUAUGUAAGGUUUUGGGGAACCUGCAGCUAAAUCUGCUCAGUAAAUCCAAAGUGUACGAGGAUCCUGCUCUGAGCGCCAUUUUCCUGCACAACAACUACAAUUACAUCCUGAAAUCACUGGAGAAGUCCGAGCUGAUCCAGUUAGUGACGGUGACUCAGAAAAAAGCUGAGAGUUCAUACAGAGAGCUGAUAGAGCAGCAGAUCCUUACGUACAAGAGCAGCUGGGUGAAAGUCACAGAGCACCUAACUGACAGAAACAUGCCCGUCCUCCAGCCUGGCACCAAGCUGAAGGACAAAGAGAGACAAGUGAUAAAAGACAAAUUCAAGGGUUUUAAUGACGGCUUGGAGGAGUUGUGUAAGAUCCAGAAGGGUUGGGCCAUCCCCGACAAAGAACAGAGAGACUUCAUCCGUCAGUCUCAGAAGAAAGUCGUGUCUGAAGCUUACAGGAACUUCCUGCAGAGAUGUGCCAACAUCUCGUUCACUAAGAACCCUGAGAAGUAUCACAAGUACCGACCGGAGGAGGUGGAGGAGAUGAUUGAGAGGCUGUUUGACACGUCUGCCUGAUUUACCCUGACUCCUCAUCCUCACGCUCUCCAAACACACAUCACCCUGAACACAACAGGAGCUCCUCCAAGAGCCCAGACUCCUCACACUGCUGCUGCCCUUCCUCUAAUCUCUCUUUGUGUUUGAAUGUUUUGUACAAAGAAACCGACCUGAUGUAUUUAUGUAAUUUAGCCUCUCCAGCUUCACAUUUCAAACUAAUAAAGGGAAAUCAGAGAAUCUG